AUGUUCCUGUUGAAAUGUGUCUCAAAAUUGAUGUUGAAGUCUGGAAAAAUCGUCGCACGUUUGCAGGAGGAACGUGGCACGAUGCAGGAGGAACGCGACACGAUCCAGGAGAAACAUGACACGAUGCAGACGGAUAAGGAAGACGUUGAUGCUUUCAAACAGGAAGACGAGGGGGUGAACAUGACGGGGAAGACAUUUCAGAAAAAUGGUGUUAAAAGAAGGGCUGGCGAUUCUAGUCCCGAGGAACGUGCAAAUGCCACACAAGUUCAGGGUACAUACUUGCCCAUUGUGAGGGAGAAGCCAUCUGUCGAACUUGUUAAGGUUACCGAUGAAAUGAAGGCAUUCAAAGCUUACUAUAAGCUUCGUCUUGAAUGCCAGAUUAAAGAGAGCCGCUGA